GGCCUAGCUAUAGGAAAGGGAGGAAUGGGUCAAUAAUGGAACUCCACUUGCUUAUCGCUCUUGAACAUCAAAUUAUCACCAACACUUCAACUUCUUUAGUAUGUCUGUUGCGAAACAAGUUCCUCGUGCAAUCGCACUUGCAAUCAAGAAAGACCAGCCAGGUGCAACUCUCUCAUAUGGUUCGGGGCAGCCGAGAGUCAAGUCAUCUUCUGGCAAGAGUUAUUACACAAAGAUCGGGUCACAUGACGAGGUCGAGCAGUACAUAGGAGAAGCAGAAUCUCUGAAAGCGAUGCAUUUCGCAGCACCUGGGCUCGUUCCUAGACUGGUCGAUUGUGGUAUCAUCGGUGAAAGCAAUGCGGAUGCUCCAUUGGAUGUUGGAAAACCAUACUUCGUAGCAGAGUACCGGGACAUCGGGUCUCUUACAGAUGCAGCAGCUAAGACACUGGGAAAGAGAUUAGCGACGGAGCUUCAUGAAUACAAAAGUACGGAGGGCUUCGGAUUCCAUGUGCCUACAUAUUGCGGGCGGACAAGACAGGCGAAUGGGUGGUAUCCAACCUGGGAGGAGUGUUAUUCCGCAUUGAUAGGCGGGUUACUAGACCAGCUCAAGGGAAAGAGGAGAUACGUAGAGCUGUGUUCAAAGGGGGAAUUAGUUCGCAAGAGAAUAAUUCCAACCCUUCUGGGGAAAUUGGUUAUUCAGCCUGUACUCUUACAUGGUGAUCUAUGGAGUGGAAACAUUGGAACAGACAGGAAGACAGGCGAACCUGUAAUUUUCGACCCAUCUUCCUAUUUCGGGCACAACGAGGCAGAUCUAGCCAUCGGCAGAAUGUUCGGCGGAAUUCCGAAAUCGUUCUUCAUAACGUAUCAUAAAUACCUUCCCAAGUCAGAGCCCGAAGACCAAUAUGAGUUGCGCGGUGAACUUUACGAGCUCUACCACUAUUUGAAUCAUACUGUGUUAUUCGGGAGUUCAUAUGCAAGCAGUGCCAUGGCCAAGAUCAAUACUUUGCUGAACGCCAUUCCAGAGUAAUUUGAUGUUAUAGCUAGCGUUGUAGACUAGAGUCAUAGGAUAAUAAGCUCCGGAUAUGCACAUCUUGAAGAGAAAAACAGAAGCUUAGCCUCAUGGACA